AUGGCCCAGGAAUCUCUGAGCCCCCGAAGGCUAAGCCAGGAUGCAAUUGUAGAAAGAAUGUGCUGCAAUACAUAUGCAAAGUGUUUUGGAGACGAUGGGCACAGAGGUGAUGGUGGAAGCCCUGGGAGGAAGGGAGAGAGGGGUUUUGAUGGAUUACCUGGUCACCCUGGUGAAGAAGGUGGUCCUGGAGAAAGAGGUCCCCGAGGUCUUCCUGGACUCCGACAUGAGGACGGAUGCCGGGGCAGGAGAGGACCCAAGAGAGCAAGAGGAUUUUCUGGAGAAAAGGGCAGCCCUGGUGAGGAAGGUCUUGACGGCUUGGAUGGAGAACAGGGUGAUCGUGGAGUCCCAGGGUCAUCUGGAGAAAAAGGAAACAGGGGAAGUCGGGGCUUGCCUGGACCACCUGGACGACCUGGCGAGCGUGGAGAGCCUGGGCUGAGGGGAGAUUUUGUGAGUAGUGGGGCUUCAGGGAUUUCUGCUGCUCUAAUCCAGGGACUGGAGAUCCUGGAAUUGAUAGAUUCACCCAAGGCCCCAAGGGGGAAAAAGGGAGGCGUGGACACCAGGGAAGUUCUAACAUUGAUGGACCUCACAGGGGAACUGGAAGUGUUGGCCCUCAGGGUAUGCAUGGAGAAUCUGGAGAACAAGGUUACCCAGGAGAGCUUGGCCAUCCAGGCUUACAGGUUGUAUCAGUGA